CGGGCUGGCUGGGCCAGCCGCUUCGGAUGUGGCGGACACUCGGCCGUGGGAGCCAAGCGGGCGUCUCCACUUUCGGUUUCAGCCUCAGGGCGCUACUCCCGGCUGAGAAGGGAGCCUUCAGUGGCUCCGCCUGGUUUUAUUCAUGUUCUGAGGAGGGUGUGACAGGAGCCAUGGAUCCCGCAGCAUUGGUGGAAGCCGUUGUAGAAGAAGUGGCCUGUCCCAUCUGCAUGACCUUCCUGAAAGAGCCCGUGAGCAUCGACUGUGGCCACAGCUUCUGCCACAACUGUCUCUCUGGACUCUGGGAGGUCCCAGGAGAAUCCCAGAACUGGGGUUACUCAUGUCCCCUCUGCCGGGCUCCCGUCCAGCCAAGGAACCUGCGGCCUAAUUGGCAGCUGGCCAAUGUUGUAGAAAAAGUCCGACGGCUAGGGCUGCAUCCAGGAAUGGGGCUGAAGGGUGACGUGUGCGAGACCCACGAGGAGCAGCUAAAGAUGUUCUGCAAAGAGGAUGGCCUGAUCGUGUGCGAGGCCUGUGGCCGGUCCCCCGAGCACGAGGCCCACAGUGUCGUGCCCAUGGAGGAUGUCGCCUGGGAUUAUAAGUGGAAACUUCAUGAGGCUUUAGAACAUCUGAGGAAAGAGCAAGAAGAGGCCUGGAAGCUGGAAGUUGGUGAGAGGAAACGAACUGCCAACUGGAAGAUACAGGUGGAAACCCGAAAGCAGAGCAUCAUAUGGGAGUUUGAGAAAUACCGGCGAUUACUAAAGAAAAAACAGCCACCAGGUCGGCGGCUGGAAGUAGAGGCUGCCGCCGCUCUGGCCAGCCUGGAGCAGGAGGAAGGGGAGACCACGCAGAAACUGGGGGUGAGUCACAACGCACUCAUCCAGCAGAGCCGGGUCCUGUGGAGGAUGAUCGCAGAGCUGGAAGAAAGGUCUCAGAGGCCUAUCCGCUGGAUGCUGCAGGGUAUUCAGGAAGUCUUAAACAGGAGCAAGUCUUGGAGCCUGCAGAGACCAGAACCAGUCUCGCUGGAGCUGAAGACGGACUGCCGUGUGCUUGGGCUCAGAGAGAUCCUGAAGACAUAUGCAGCGGACGUGCGGCUGGAUCCAGACACCGCUUAUUCUCGCCUCAUCGUGUCUGAGGACAGAAAAUGCGUGCGCUAUGGAGACACCAAGCAGAAGCUGCCCGACAAUCCUGAGAGAUUUUACCGCUACAAUAUCGUCCUGGGCAGUCAGUGCAUCUCCUCGGGUCGGCACUACUGGGAGGUGGAGGUGGGAGACAGGUCUGAAUGGGGCCUGGGAGUGUGUAAGGAAAAUGUAGACCGGAAGGAGGUGGUCUAUUUAUCCCCCCACUACGGAUUCUGGGUGAUCAGGCUGAGGAAGGGCGAUGAGUACCGGGCAGGCACCGACGAAUACCCACUCCUGUCCUUGCCCGUCCCUCCCCGCCGGGUGGGAGUCUUCCUGGAUUACGAGGCCCAUGAUAUCUCCUUCUACAACGUGACUGACAGUGGCUCCCACAUUUUCACUUUCCCCCACUAUCCCUUCCCUGGGCGCCUCCUGCCCUACUUCAGUCCUUGCUACAGCAUCGGAGCCAACAACACCGCUCCGCUGGCCAUCUGCUCCCUGGACGGGGACGACUAAGAGAGCCACCAUUUUAGCCAGAGGCCUUGGAAUGUCGCCUGGCCCGCAGGGGUCUUGGAGGACCCUGCCCCUGAUGAGGGUCCCCUGGAACUGAGCCGAGCCUGGAACCCAGGGAUUCCUCUGCCUGACCCAGUGGUCUGUCGCUACUGGGCCAGUCUCCCUCUAAACCACUCAUGUUAAAAAGCUGAGGCUCAGCAAAAGGAGCAUCGCACCCCCGUGGGAAGUAUGACAAGGCUUUUGGUGAGGAUCACAGCGGUUCUAAGGACCAGGAUAGUGCUUUCUGCAGGUCACACCCCUCUUCCCCAUCCCUGUCAGUGCCAUAGUCAGUGAGGAUGAUGAAUUAGAUCCGAUCUUCAGGAAACCCAUUGGGUCAGGUUUACCGACAAGCCAGAAGAAUACUGUCCAUGUCCAGAGCUGGUUGCUGUGCUGAUAGCAGCAGGAGGAUGCUUCACCUGAGGUGUACUGCCUCUGAGCACCCAUAUUUCACCCUAGCUCUCUGACCUCCCAGCUAGAGAAAUGCAUCACCAAUUGCCCAGACCGCCCCAGUGGCCGUCCCCUCUCUGAGCACAAGCUGGGCAAGUCACUAAUCUCAGACUCUAAGGAGACCUGUGUCCUGGUCCUGCCCUUUUCUCUAAAUAUCAGAAUCGGAAAACCUAUUUUCACUUCAUGGAUGAAGAGACAAAUGGCCUUAGUGCAGCCAGUUAUUUCUCACAAAGCUGAUGGAAAGAAGAGUGCAUAGAUUAUGAAGUAUUUCUCACAUUCAAAUGAAACCAAACUGACAAACUCACUUCUCAGGUCACAUGUCUGCAUAUCAUUCAUUACAUUCAGGUCUGAAACACCCCAAUGUUUGAAAGAUUUUAAGUGUCCUCAAUGGGAAAAUGGGUAUAGUAACUGCAUACUCUCCUACCUCGCAGGAUUGUAAAGAUCUCAGAUCCAUCCCGUACUUUUGUUCCUUUCUCAGGGACAGGGGAGGCAAGCCAUGGAUUUUGCCUGUGGUGGCAACCUUCCCAUCUCACCUUUUUACAGCAUCUUUGCAGCACUGCCUUAGCUUCUUAGGGCCUCUCCUGACAGUCCUGUCCUUUUAGACCAAAAGAUACCCAUGCCCUGGCCAACUCUGGGCCACAGUAAUAUAUUGAGCGUCUAUUAUAUGUGUUUGUCUUUGGGUUAGAACAGGGACUGUGACAUUAGGGUAGAGAAUGGAAAUAAUACAAAGAAAUGUAAAACAAAUGCACUGAAAGGAAGGCUCACCCACAAGCUCGUUGGGCUAAAGUUUGGAUCUUUGUCACCAAGGGAAUGUUCAUGGUUCUGGCAAAUAUUCUGCCUUUCUCUUCCCUAAAUCUGUGACAGAAGGAAUAAAGCAGGAGGGAAGUGUGGGGAGGAAGAAUAGGACUAGGCACAAAAAGCCAUAUAUGAUAAUGAAAGGGAAUUAAGACUGUAUAUCUGGGCUGUUGGCCCUUUAGAGUGAUUGUUGUGUGUGACAAAAAUAAUUCAUUACAGGUCUUAAAAGUGUGAUGUGGGAAUGAUUGUGCUGGAAACAAACUGUAAAGCAAGCAUAUGAGAACUAUGGGUUUUGCCUGUUGUGAGGGGCUACAAUAUAUACAUUAUGUAUUGUCACUGUGAUGCUGUGUAACACAACCUCUGAUGUAGUUUAAGCUGGAAAGUAGUGACUGUUGAGUUAGGAUUGGGCAGCAAAGUAGAUACUAGGUUAGGUACAGGCAGAAGCAAAAUCAUUCCUGUAAUAAAGAAUAGCAAAAAUUGUCUUUCUACCUUAAUUGUAUUGGUUGUUCACAUAUGAAGGAGGUGAAACAGGCCAAAGUGGAGAAAUAAACUCAUUCCUCCCACCAUGCUUCCAAGUUGCUCCUUGAGCAUUAGCAGCAGAAGAGGAGAACUUGCUCUCACCCGCCUGGAGGGGAAUGAACUGGUAAGUCACAGACCUG